AUGGAGGUGAAUUCCACGAGGAAAAUGUACGAUCUUGAAAGUCUGAACGAGGAAUAUGCACAAAAGGUGCGGCCGACGACGGUUAUAUACAUUAUAGUGGCCACCCUGGGCGGAUUGGGAAAUAUCAGUGUCAUUCUAGUGUAUUGUUUUCGUAUGAAAAAACAGGACAACAGGUACUUCAUCCCCAUCCUGGCCUGUGUCGAUCUGAUUGGCUGCGUGACGAACGCCGUCUACUUUCACUUAGACGACGCCACCCAGUUCAUCUACCCGAGUGAUAUUUUGUGCCGGCUUCUUUCGUUUAUGGUGAUUUUCAAUAACGGAGUUUCCGGACACAUCAUACUGGUGAUCGCCCUACAGAGAUACUUGAUUUUAUGCCGGCCGUUUGGUCGUCAGUUAAACAGGCCACUACGACGCCUGGCUAUUGUCGUUAUAUGCCUGCUGUCACUGCUUUAUGCCUCCCCUGUCUUAUUCUCGAGCGGAAAGCUUGAGACGAUCAUGUCGUACAAUGGUGUGAAUGUCACCACGGCAAGUUGUACAUACAGCAGUAACAUGGGCAGUACCGAGUCCCAAACGUUUUUCCGACACGUGUAUUUCGGGGUCCUUUUAGCGCUUAUUCUGUUAAACAUUAUUGUUACGGGAUGUCUGUAUCUCCCAGUGAUUCGGAAAAUAUACCAUACUUUCUCACGCCUCAAAAGAAUGUCAUUCAUGAGUCAAAACACGUUCAAAGCGGAAGUGGAUUGUGAGACGCCGUCCGUGAACCAAAGCGCUGAUGACGCUGAGGCUGACCACGGGGACAAUUGUACCAUUGCACAGGCGCGGAUGAAAAAUAACAUGAGUGUGACAUUAUUAGUGAUCAUUAUCGUAUACAUGUGUUCGUUUCUCCCAUCACUUGUUACUCAAACUUUAGCCCUCGGGGAGCCAGAGAUCACGGACACAAUGAUACAUUUUAACCUGUACUACUUCUUUCUGAGAUUUUACCUCUUUAACCACGUUUUAAACCCAUUCAUCUAUAUCUGUUUCGAUGUGAAAUUCCGCAGAGAACUCAAAAACUGGUGCUGUGUUUGUUUAUGA